AUGGAGGAAUUGAAAAGUGUCGAUACAUUAUCUGUCACUACUGACCUAUGGUCUGACAGACAGCUGAAUUCAUAUCUUUGUCUAACGGGACAUUACUUGAAUUCUCAAUCAAAACUUGAUGCUCAAGUUUUAUCAUUUUCUACGUUUGCUGAACGACACACAAGUGAAGCAAUUUCUCGUACAAUAAAAACUGAAUUGAAACGAUUGCAAGUAUACGAAAAAGUUCAUACUAUUACUUGUGAUGGUGCUUCAAAUGUGCGCAAAUCGUUCCAAACACUCAAACCAAAGCGUAUACAUUGCUUAGCACACAAGUUGCAUUUAACAGUUUGUAAUGCGCUCUGUUUAUGGGUGAACCAAAAUGCGUCUUCAUCAGCAACAAAUGAUGAGGAAGAUGAGCGAACUGAUUCAAGAAAUUCAACUAGUACCACCAACAAUCAAAGCAAUACUACUUUCGAAAUGGCAACCGAGUCAGAAGAAGCUAUUGCCGUUGCUGAUGAUGAUAAUCAUAACGUUGAAGAGGAGGAGGAGGAGGAAAACAGCAGCGAUAACAACAACGACGACGAUGAUGAUAACGGUGAUGUCGAAGGAAAUGGUGAAGAUAGUAGUUAUGAUUAUUCAUCAAUGGAAGAAAAUUUUGACACGCAUGCUGAUCCGAAUGCAACACCAGAUGCUGUACAUGAUAAUUGGGAAGAAGGAGUCGUGGUGGAUCGUUCGUCGAUAGCUUGCAUCGAGCAGUACACCAUUAGCCAAGCUAUUCAAAAAUGUCGUGGUCUUGUGAAAACAAUUAAUAAAUCAUCGAUUUUGUCCAGUUUUGUUAGUUACUACAAAACCAAAACAAACGUGAAAAAUUCGUUAAUUAUUGAUUGUAAAUCACGCUGGAGCUCCACGCAUCGUUUAAUCCAAUCGAUUUUACUUCACAAACAAAUUAUUGGUCGACAAUAUGCUGAAAAAUAUGAUUUGAAUCUUACAAAUAAGCAAUUAACAAAAUUGUCGAAGUUUGAACUAAACCGUCAAGAAUGGGAAAUCCUUGACCAAACGGAAAAGAUUCUAUUGUCAUUUGCAGAAGCCACGGCAAUGAUCAGUGGAAAAACGUACAGCACAAUCGGGCUCGGUUAUUUAGCUAUUACCAGUAUCAAAGAAACUCUUGAAGAAAGAACCGGCAAUAGAGAGGCUGAUCAAUUAAAAUCUUUGUUAUACGAUCAACUUACUCAUUAUUUCGAAAAUGAUUCCGAUCAAUAUGAAUUAUUGAAACAUCACGCAUUCUUCGAUCCACUCGGCUACGGUAUACUGGAUCGUCGUGAUCGAACAAAGAUUGAACGCGAAAUCAGAGAUUUACAUAAAGAGCAGACGUUAUCAACAGCAAACACCACUUCAAGCAACGUUGUUUCAACUCCAACACCUAUACGUCGAGCGAAACCUACUUCCUUACAACGUUUUCUUGCUACUGUAGGUAAAAAUCAGUCUUAUACUAACAAAGAAGAUACAACUUUAUCAAUCACGAAUGAACUUUCUACCUAUCGUAUACUUGCAUUAGAAGAAUUUAGUGAAGUUAUUUCUGAACAAAAGGAAUAUGAUCCGUUCAUGUUUUGGCGAUUACAUGAAACAAAGUUGAAGUUCUUGUCAAAUUUAGCUCGAAAAUAUCUAAUAGUUCCAUGUACGUCAGUACUUUCAGAAUCUACAUUCAGUAUAGCUUCUUAUAUUGGUCGCAAAGAGAGAAAUAGAUUAACGCCUGAAAAUCUUUGCAUUUUGGUUUUCUUGAAAGAUAAGAUGGACGAACAGAUGACGUAA